AUGUAUGGCGAGAUAGGAAACAAGCUGGUCCAACAUGCCAAACGUACCCAGUCGCUUGCCCACCUCCCGCCAUAUCAGACGGAAAUGGUCCGCGCCGUCACACGAGAGGUCAGGGACCUUGAUAAGGAUGUCGCCGCCAUUCUUGAGCCCUUUGCUGGGUCUUUCGACCCCUCAACCGAACCUGCUACCGCCUGCGCGCUCCUGGUGAACCACCUGUGCAUGAGGCGGAACAAACGGUGUCUGUUAGCGUAUCAUCGAGUCCGAUCCGACAAGCUGGAAGAGAUGUGCUGGAGCGGCAUCGAUGUACUCGAGAGGCAGCAACAGAAUCCCAACAGAACUGGGGGUGAGGGAAGUAACACUAUGGGGGUCGAUGGCAACUCAAGUAGCUUGAGUCCCGAGGAGGAAGAAUACGUCCGGCAGUACAGUGACCUGCUUGCGGCAUACAAAGGGCAGUGGACCGACAUUGACCUCACUGGUAGCCUCGACCCACCAAAGGACCUAUUCAUUGACGUCCGGGUGCUCAAAGAUGCGGGGGAGAUCCAAACAGAAUACGGGGCAAUCACCUUGACCAAGAAUAGCCAGUUCUAUGUCCGACAAGGCGAUGUAGAACGACUCAUCGCGCAAGGGUAUCUUCAGCGACUGAGCUGA